GCGUGUUACACUCAAAACAGUCCCACUUUCCUCAGACUCGGCAACACAUGGUUGCACUUAUAAAAAAAUGUGUCGGUACGAUAUUUGUAUUUUGCCACAUGUCUGCUUGUGCUUACACGAGGCGACUGUGAAGUAGCUCUCAUGUCGGACCCCGGAGAGGAGUGGCAGGUGGCCCGGAGACGAAAAGGUGCAGCGCGGAAAUCCAAAUCCCUCCAGGUGCCCUCGACACGCAGCCGGGAGCAGCUGGAUAUCGGGAAAAGUGUGAAACGAGUCCGCGACACGGUGUCUGAGCUGAGAUGCGACGACAUUUGGCAUGAGUGGAAAAUCCUCUUGUGUUCAGAGGCAGGAUCCUCAGCCUCAUCAACCCCUCCAGAGGACACGGGCGCUGAGGGCCCCGCAGACCAGCUGGGCAGCAGCCGGUGUGCGCAGCCGCAGUGCGUGUGUUACGGCCUCGGCUCCUUCUCCUCCUGUGUGUCGGCUCGCUUCCAGCUCGCCAUGUUGCUGCUGCUGCUGGACGCAGGACAGAUUCCACCGAAGGACUGCUCUGUUUAUGAUCCUGCGUUCUCAUCUGGAGAGAUGGAUGUUUUGAGAGAGCUGGGUCUGACUGUCCUCACAGAGAAUGAGGAGGGGAAGUGUCUGGUGACGAAGCCCACACUCUUUUACCUGAUGCAUUGUGGGAAAGCCCUGUACAACAACCUUCUGUGGAAGAAUUGGAGUGUGCAGCAUCUUCCUCUGAUGAAAAUCAUUGGAAACAGCUUCAAUGGCAUGAUGGACAGAACUGUAGAGAGAGAGUUCAGGCGGGACUACAGCUACAUCACGCAGGCCGUGUCCGUGUGUGAGGAGCGACGGCUGCCCUGUCCGUCCCGUCUGGUUGACGUCUUCAGUGACACUGCAGUCAUCACCUUUCCCACCGCCAGCCUUCAAAGACUCCCACAAUGCACCUGGGCAGAGCCGCCUGAACCACAGUACCAACACUGCUCUGAUCUGGAGAUAAUCCAGAGGGAAACACAUGGCUGAUACAGGAAAUGGACAUGUUACUUCAUGUUUUCUACUUUAUCAGCAUUUCUUUCUAAAUAAAUUAGUCCUUCUCUAAAUUGAGGAUUGAAUCUUGCGAUACUAUCCUGGUAGUUUGUUUUAAGGCCUUAUUUGGAAUUAAAAGGGACUGUUGAGCAUCCAGAACUGGUUCUGCCUGAAGGCCCGUCGUUCAGCUGCGCCUGUCCUGUGUUUGCUCUGGCACACUCGGUAAACUUUUGUAGACAGAAUGUUUUAUUUAACCACUGAGCCCAAAGAGGCAGGUUUUAAAGGAUGUCAUUGGAUCAGCUAGCGUUAAACAAGAAGACCGAUCUUGUUAUGAGCCGGUGGGACAACAAAUAUAAACCAAAUGUUCUGGCCCAGUGGUGAAGUGCCCGGUCAGCCUGUUGCUCAUACCUGCUGGUACAUCUCUGGAUAUCCAACACUUUGUCUGUGUUGAAACGUUCAUAAUGAAACAGAGGCAGCAGGGAGCUCGAAAAAAAUGUGAGAUGAAAAAAAUAACAGGAUUAUAAGUUUUAUGCCUUCAUAUGGUACUAUGUGAUAACAUUACUGGAGGCUUAUUAUGUCUCCUCUGUUUGGAGGGAAAUGGACGUCAGCCGGAGAGUUCUCAGUUUGUAAGGACCGGCUGAAGAAACAUGUAAAGAUUAAUUUCCCUUAAUUUUUGUAACUUUUUCUCUUUGUCAGGAAUGCAUUCUCAUUGAUAUGCACGCAUGUAUAAUUCACAUUUUCUUGAUUUAACGUGUGUGUAGAUGGUUUGACAACCACUUAAAAAAAAAUGUCAUAGGGCAUCAUGACAAAUAAAACGUCCGUUGACGAGAUAACUGGGUAGAGUUUCAUCUCUGAGCAGAAUGUACAGUUUGAGUCCCGAGGGCUCCUGGUUCAUAAGUCUGCACUACCUCCGUAUAUCAGGACGCCUCUCAUUGUGAGAGCAGAGCAGACUUGGAAGUGCAAUCUGUAAAGUAAUUUGUUGUAAUAGUGAAACAGCUUCUUCUUGCAAGAAUAAAUCUCCUGAUUGAUGAUUUUACAA